AUGUCGGCCCCGUUUCCAAACAUAUACAACCACCGCAAGGUGGCGGAAGCAUCCGCCAAAGCUUGCGACAUCUGCUACAAGAUGAGUACGUCAGUACUCAUCACGCCUGAUAAAAAGGACUUUUUUUACGUAUGCGCUGUGCACUUGAGGGAUCGCUACUUUUGCACGCCAAAGAUUGAUGAGGAAGCCGCCAGAGCCAAGAGAGAGCAAGACUUGGAAGCAGAAAAAGAAAAGCUGAAAAAAGAAUACGAGGAGAAGCAGCGCAAAAAGAAGGAAAAAGAGGAAAAAGACAAAAAGGAUAAGAGCAAAGACGACAAAGAUAAAGACGAGAAGGACAAACCGGAUGACAAACCGGAUAAAAAGGAAGAAAAUGAUGAGGCGUCCAAGGAGGAAGAGCCUCGGACGUUUGAGCUGAAGACUGCGUUUUAUCAGCAACGGUUGCAAAGGAAAAGACAAGCAGAAGCUGCCAAGAGAGAUAAAGAAAGGGUAUCAAAGCCGGGAUAUUUCCCCUCUGUGCCGACAGAGCCGCCCACAAAGUAG